AUGGGAUCAACGGCCGCACCCAGCAGAGUCAAGAAGACAGACAUCACGCGCAGGCGGACUGGCUGCCAAACAUGCCGACACCGGCGGCGAAAGUGUGAUGAAACGCGGCCCAAGUGUUUAUCCUGUGUCCAGAGAGGCGUCGAAUGCGGCGGCUACGAGCGCCGCAUCGCCUUCAAGGAUGUCUCGGCCGCCACCGCUGACUACUCCAAAAGGAUCGAAGAGGCCCGAUGGUCGGCACUGCGACUCCGGGAUGCGAAUAAGAAGAGGGUGAGGGGGAAGCACCCCGCCGCUGAGCCUCUGAUGCAGUGGGAUGGUGAGGCAAAUGCCCAGCAACAGCUCGAACAAGACGACGACGACGACGGCCAGGCGGACUUGGAGCUGAGCAUGGGCGGAGCUUCUGAUCCCGAGAGUCAGUCUUCACUUCUUCAAUCUCAAGCUCCAGCAGCAACACCCGCUCUUGAUUGCCAGCAACUGGAGCAAGACACGCGCGCAACAGAAGACUCCUUGGACGCGGCAUUUUCACCCCCCAGAGUCAAUUUCGACACCGCUCUCGACUUUCUAGUCCAGACUCCCUUUACGGGGGCUCAAGGCGAAGCGACUCCAACCGACCAGGUCGAUGAUGCAUGCACGGUCCUGACUUCACCAUUCCCAAUGCCUUUGGCCAUGGAGGAAGCCAACGAUGAGCCCUUUGAGCCUAUUCACGGUGAAGAUGAGGCGUCUAUGAUAAAUCUCUCGCUCAAAUUCGGGAUGCAUGGUCGGCAAAGCUUCCAAGACAAUGGUGGUUUGCGGGAUGGCUUGGCGCUGGCCUCACUGCCAUGGGGCAACGUCUUGGUAACCAGGGAAGACGACCAGCCAACACCGCUCGACAUGCCGCCAUGCCCUCAUCCUGCUCAGACGCCCAGUCUUAAACUUCCCACAGAGGAUAUCCUCCUACAAAACUAUGAAAUCCACCUAGCGCCAACGAUCUUUGGAGAAGGGACACCUCUAAACAUGCUCCAAGCGGGCAACUCCCUUCGUGCAGCAGCGCUCGCACUUUCGGUCAGCCAUAUGGAACUGGGCCACGAUUCCAUCACCCAGUCACUGCGUCUCUCUCCAAGCGAUGGCUCACGCUACUACGACCUCGCCAUGAGGGACAUGGCCCAUCGGCUAGAGCAGCCAGGCCGGCACCACGACGAGCAGCUAGUCGGCACUACGCUUCUCCUAGCCUACCGCGAUCUGACAGUUGGAUCAAUUCGGGACGUUCAACACCACUUGCGCAAGCUUCAAUCCAUAAUGUCCAAUUCUAAACGGAUAUCAGCUCACGCCAUGACCUUGUUCAAGGCAUCCCGCAUACUACAGUACGACUUUAGGCUGACGCGGAAUCCCACACGAAAGUCUACCACAGCCUUUGAUGCGUCAGAGCUCCAAGUGCUUCUUGACCCGCAGCUUGCGAUCCGCGAUAUACUGGCUCGCCUCACUCACCUGUAUGGGCGCUACUCGAUGGAGGCGUCAUUUCGUACUGAUGAUGGUGGCUACGGCGAGGUCGGGGCCUCCUCCAAAGCUGUUCAGUGGAUACAGCAGAUGCUCAACCGCCAGUGUGACUUUCACCAGUUUCAGCAGAGAGAUUAUCACGAUCAAGAUCUGACGGAAGAGGAGUUACAAGAUCAAUUUGAUAUCCUAUCUCAGCGUCUCGAUGUGUGGCACCAUGGCCUCUGUGAUCACGACAUGCCCCGACCUAAUCUUGGGACAGAGGAAGAUUUCAUAGUCGCGAAUCCCCUCGGCACGAUCAUGACCUUUCGAUUCGCAAGCGAGCACAAAGCCGUGGACUACUUGCUCUAUCUUCUCUCACGGCUCAUCUGUAGCCGCUUACAGAGCAUCUUGAGAGGCAAGAGGACCAACGCCCGCGGUCAAGCUUGGGGCAGGGUCAUGCUCGGCGUAAUGGCGUCGAUGGACGUCGACAGGCAGAAGAUCUCGUUCCAUAGUAUAGAGGACCUGCUGCUUACCAUGAUUGAGGUGAGCGAGGGGACUGAUCUCCCCAUGGCUAUCCUGCACACCUUUAUUCCUCGGUUCUCCUCGUCCUGCUGGAACUCACAAGGAGCGGCCUCUUGGGCUUUUGUUCGGCAAACCGCCGAGCUCGUAAUUCGUGAGAGGCUCUGUGGCAAGGACGUUUGGUCUUUGUUGGUGGCCAGAGAUGACUAUGAGACUGAUAAGGAUUGCAGCAACACAAUGCCACCUCUUCCUCCUUCCCGCCGCGGAGAGCGCAACGUUCAUGAGCAUCUCAUGAUUGAUCUCAGCCGCGAGGUGGAAAAGAAUGCAUACCAUCAUAUCAAGAACCCCAAUGGAAUCAUCGAUCUGGGCUCGGCCGUCAAUUACAACAUGCGAGAUGUGCUGGGGCCUUGGGUCCAGCGUCGCUUGAGCAAGAAACAGAUCAGAGAAUCUCUCGAUUACAACGACACUCAAGGCAGCCCGGAGCUUCUGCAGGCUGUUUCCGGUUUCGUAAACCUCUUCUUCCGAUGUCGCUACCCGCUAGUCCCCUCCAACGUGCUCGCCGCCAACGGCUGCACUAGCUUGCUCGACUCCCUAGCAUUCAGCAUCGCGGAUGAAGGGGAUGUCAUCCUCCUGCCGACACCGAGCUAUGGGAUGUUUGCCCAUGACCUGACGGCCAGGACUGGAGUUCGCCUUGUUCAUGUUCCGUGCGAUGACAUUCCUCAGGAUCGGUUCACGGCAGAUGCACCUCUCGACGACUCAAGCUGGAGCUCCCUUCUUGCGCGCCGCCUGGAGAGUUAUAUAACACAGGAGCGUGCUCAAGGAUCUAAAGUAGCAGCUGUCCUUCUCACCAAUCCCGAAAACCCUCUGGGUCGUUGCUACAGUCCCGAUGUCCUUUUACAAGUGUCCCAGGUCUGCGGGCUGCACCAGGUUCAUCUAAUCGUUGAUGAGAUAUACGCCUUUACUGGGGGCAAUGACUUUACCAGCAUCCUGAGUCUCGACACCGCUAUGAACCGUGAGAACGUCCACGUCUUGUGGGGGAUGAGCAAGGAUUUUGGCCUCGGUGGUCUGAGGCUGGGAUUCCUCUUCACAUACAACAAACGAUUAUAUGAGACCAUGAGGACCCUGAGUAUGUUCGGUUGGGUUUCCGCCUUCAGCGCCAAGGUCAGCACCGAGGUCUUGUCCGAUCAUGACUAUCUGUCACGGCAGUUCUUUCCGUUGCUUCAACAGAGGUUACUCGGUAGGAGGAGGAACGUCACGAGCCGUCUUGCCAAACUUGGAGUACCUUUUAUUACCCCACAAGCCGGGUUCUUCAUCUUCAUAAACUUGUCAACGUGGAUGAAGUGCUUGUCUAUUGACGAUCCAAAGGAAGACUUGGAGUUGAAGCUUCUCCGUCACUUGAUGGCUCAUCAGGUUUCCUUGGAACCUGGGCAGGCGUUUUUCUCUUGCUCUCGCGGCUGGUUUCGCUUAAACUAUGGUGUCGAGGAGGCUGUUCUUGAACUUGGGCUUCGUCGGCUCGAACACGCGUUGGGAGUUUUGGAGGACGACGGGUUGACUUUAUGCGAUUCAGUGGCUGAUACGCCUGGCGAGAAGGAGAAGGGUAACAAGAGUCAUAUGAAGAACUGGGCCAUGUCAUCUUUCUUUUAUAGCACGUAG